AUGACAAAUCAACUUAAGACACCAGUCUACAAUAAAAUUUCCGUCUCUCGCGUCUAUAACGAUAUUAUCAAAGAUGCUCACGAACUCGAAUCUAUUGUUGUAGACUUCCCAAUUGAAUUAACAGAUAUAGAACGCUUUCAAGUAAUUUCUCCUGUUGGUACAGGAAAAUAUUCUACAGUUUUCUUAGGCAGAAUGGAUGGCAAGAAGAAAUGUGCUAUUAAAACACUUAAAAAUGUUCCCCAUUUCAAAAUUCAAAAGGAAAUUUGUUUAUUAACUAAAAUCAAGGAUAUUCCAAAUACAGUUCAAUUAUAUGGCGUCGUUGUUGACCCAUUAACAGAUACUUUUUCAAUAAUUACAGACUACUUAAAAUCUGAGUCUCCAAGAACUCUAUUUCCAAAAUUAACAUUAGAAAAUAUACGAAUUUUAAUGUGGCAACUUUUAACUUGCUUAAAUGAAAGCCAUAAGCGUGGCAUAAUGCAUCGAGAUGUCAAACCAGGCAAUAUCCUUUUUGGCCAGAAUCGAAAGUCAAUGAAGCUUAUUGACUGGGGUCUGGGUGAUUUUUACCUAGCUAAAGAAGCUUAUUCCCCACGUGUUUCUACAUUAAGAUAUAAAGCACCAGAGUUGCUCCUCAACUAUCAAUACUACGACUACGGAAUUGAUGUCUGGGGCGCUGGCUGCGUUCUUGCUGAAAUGCUUGUUCGUUUUCCAUUUUUCGAAGGAAGAGAUAUUGACGAAAUGGUUGGCGACGUAUCUUCAGUAUGCGGAACAAACGCAAUUACAGCAUACGUCAACAAAUACGGCCUCCAAUUGACUCCUGAGAUGCAGAAGAAUUUAUCAAAUACUCAGACACCUCAAUUCAACAAACUAACACAGAACCCUUCAUUCAACCAAGCAAAGAACGACCAUGAUGCACUCGAUUUACUCCAAAAGCUCCUCACUGUCGAUCAUGAAGAAAGAAUCACAGCUGCAGAGGCUCUCGAACAUAAGUUUUUCGAUCCAAUUCGCUCCAAGAUGACAAAAAAGCAGUAA